CAGAGGGAAAUGUCCUGGUUGCCGCGCGGGGAGGAUGGGGAGGAGGCCAUGGUCCAGGACACUGACUCCGAUGUGGCCGAGCAGAGGGACGGUGGCAGGGUCAAGGUGAAGUGGAAGCAAGAGGAGGAUGACAAGCUCAAGGCUCUGGUUCAGAAACUGGGACCAACUGAUUGGAAAUAUUUUGCCAGCCACAUACCGAAUCACACUGAACUCCAAUGUCAGCAUCGCUGGUUUAAGGUCCUGGACCCAGAAUUAAUUAAAGGGCCUUGGACCAAAGAGGAGGAUGAUAAGGUCAUAGAGCUUGUAAAUAUCUACGGCAACAAACAGUGGGCACUGGUAGCCAAGCAUCUGAAAGGCCGACUGGGGAAGCAGUGCAGAGAACGCUGGCACAACCAUCUCAAUCCCAAUGUGAAGAAGUCCUCGUGGACAGCCGAGGAGGAUCUCAUCAUCUUCAAAGCUCACAGUCUGCUGGGAAACCGCUGGGCUGAAAUCGCCAAGCUGCUCCCUGGAAGAACUGACAACGCAGUGAAGAAUCACUGGAAUUCAACCAUCAAACGGAAGCUGGAGAUGGGCUUCUAUGCCGGGGAGGUCUUGAAGCCGGAAGAACUUGAGGAGAUGUUGGCCCGUGUGGAUAAGGAUGGGCAGAUUCCUGGUUGCUCUCAGGAUGGUGACGACAACGACCCAGAGCAGAACACAAAUCCUCCAGAGAUGUCAGUCCCAGCCCUCGAUGAAGCCAGGUCCAGCGAAGCAGGGCCGUCCAAGGCUGACCUCUCUCCAAAGGGCAGCGGUUCCAUUAAGACAGAAGCAGACUCCUCAGGAGAAGUUUCCCGCUCCAGCUGGGUGGUGGACAGCUCUGGCUUCCUCUCGCCUGCUGGCCCGGGCCUGAAGGAGGUGAUGGACCUGGUGGAUGGGGACCUGGAUGGCUGGUGCAACCUCGCAGCCUUCGACCUGCCCGAGGACAGUCCGAGCCCCGAGCGCCACCAGUUUCGUCUGGAGGGCAGCGCGUUGCAGGAGUUGAGCAAAGGCAACAGAGGGGAACUCAUCCCCAUCUCUCCCGGAGGCGUGACGCCGCCCUCCUCACUGAACCGCAGACGCCGGAGAUACAUCAGCCUGUCUCCCGACAACAACUCCAUGACUCCCAAGAGCACUCCGGUCAAAACCUUGCCCUUCUCUCCAUCUCAAUUCCUCAACCUGUGGACCAAACAGGAUACUCACGACCUGGAGAACCCGUCCCUCACGUCCACGCCUGUGUGCAGCCAGAGGGCCCUUGUUGGUACACCGCUGCAGCGAGACAAAACGCCCCUGACUCAAAAGGAGAACUCGGCAUUUGUGACACCCAACCACAAGUCCGAUCUCUGCGAGACACCCCGAACUCCAACGCCAUUCAAAAAUGCCAUGGAGAAGUACGGCCCCCUGCAGCCUCUGCCUCAGACUCCAAACCUCGAGGACGACAUAAACGAGGUCAUCCUACGAGACGCCGGAAUUGACUUGGGGGCAGUACGUUACUCUCCGCACGAGCAAAGACGCAAAACAAUGCAUCGACCUACGAAGAAAGUUCGGAAGUCGUUGGCCCUAGAUUCCAUGGACUGCCAAGUGACAAAGCGCAAAUCCAUGAAGACUGAAUUCAGUCACAGCAUCAAGGAAGAACCUGUUACGGUUCCUCUGAACUCCUCGUCAUUGUGCAGUAAGAGGCAUGACAAUAUUUUGGAUCAAGGCUUCCUCCUGGGACCGAGUGACAGUGCCAUAUUUCCCAGCACAGUGCCACCAGUUCCUAUGUCAAAGGAGUGGGAAAGGGUUGUUUGUGGACAAACUAAAGACCAGCUCAUAAUGACAGAGAAAGCCAGGCGCUACCUUCGAUCUCUAAAAUCCCACGCACCCAACCGGGCUCUGAUUCUGUCCUGAGACGUCUCUCAUCUUUCCACCAACAUGUCGCACAUACAGUAAACAAUGUUUGUACCUGGCAUUUUUAAUGUUGGAGAAAAAAAACCAUGUCAUGAGUAGGUUAAGCACAGUUUUUGAAGUCAUAAGCCAGCAAAACAAUAACAGUAUAUAGCUCAAUCAAUAAUUCAAGAGAGAUCUGUACUUUUACAUUUAGUCUCGCUCCAGUGACCUUCACAAUACUGGAAGCUAGAAUCAUAUUUCAUUGUGUUGCCUGUUAACCGUGUUUUGAAAAGAACAAUGAAUGUAAAAUAUCAAAAUCACGACUCUUUACAUUUGCUACCUGAAAAUACAUCAUUUUACCUUGGUCAGGAUCUGAAAUUAAACAGUGUUUUAAAAUUGUGACCAGUACAAACACUCGAGUUGAAUUUCCAUGUCUAUAUUUGUAAUAUAAUAUA